UCUGGCUUUCAGAAUUACAGGAAAAAGUGUUACUCGUGCGGGGGGUGGUAACUUCCUAUUUUGCCACAUCCCUUCUCAGUCGCGGGGCGGCGGAGGUCCCUGUUGAGCCAGACGGCCGUCCUGAAGCUCCGCAUUUCCUGCCCAUAGUUCCUGAAAAGGAGAUGUUCAUCUGUUUGAUUUGGAUGUUCGUCCUGCUCUGCAGCUCUGUAGCAGAUGAGAACUCUAUCAGAGAUGCUGACAUUUUUCCUUCAUCUCCUGAAAUUGAAAGAGGAUCCACCCUGAAACUCUUUUGUGUUCUUGGAAAACGCUACACACCUCACAGAAAUGCAAGCCACAUCAUCUGGAAAUUGAAUCAUGAUUUGAUUGCCCAGGAAAACUAUAACAUUGUGAACGAGACUGUAUCUAGUAUAACCAUCCAUAAUUUCACUUACAGCAAAGCUCAUGUGAAAUGUUUCACUAAGUACUUGGGCAAGGAACAGCUUCUGGUUCACACUGAAGUUAAAUCUGGCUUUCCACCAGACACACCGGGAAAUAUUUCCUGUAUUUAUUACGUUGAAGCCAAACUUAGCUGCACCUGGACAUCAGGAAGAGAAACAAAUCUUAGGACAAACUAUACUCUUUACAAAAAAAUGAUGACAGGAGGAAGGGUGACUGUUCUUAAUACAGGGGGCUCCUGCCGAAGCAAAACGGAGUCGUGUUCGUUUUAUUAUCCAGAUAUUCCAUAUAGUAGUUCUUUUUGUUUUCAGGUGAAAGCUGAAAAUGUUUUGGGUGAAGCCUCAUCAGAGUGUGUUCCUAUACCUAUGGAAAAAAUAGAAAAAUUUGAACCUCCUGAAAUACUUUCAGUUAAAAAAAUCACUGGCAUAAGGCAGUUGCUUACAGUAACCUGGAAAAUGCCUGAGAAGAUUAACCCUUCACAAGACUUAUUUUGUGAUGUUCAAUACAGAAACUUGUAUUCAAACUCUUCGGAAUUUGUCACUGUCCGUCUGAAUUCUGCAGAGAAAACAGGAUCAUGGAAUCUCACAGGUCUGUGGGACUCCACAGAAUAUUCAGUUGCCAUUCGGUGUAUCAGUGUUGUGUCAAUAUUCUGGAGUGAAUGGAGUAGAGCGAAAACAGCGAGCACGGAAGAGAAAGCUCCGUCAGAAAAAGUGGAUUUGUGGAGGGUAAUUGAGUCUUCACUCUCAUCCGGAAGCAGAUCUGUACAUCUUAUGUGGAAGCCAUUAAACAGCUUUCCACCUUCUGGGAGAAUUCUAGGCUACAAAAUAAAGUAUUUUCCAGAAAACAAUGCUGCGCUUAAAAUGACAAGCACCUCUGCUGAUACAAAAAUUGUUUUACUUUUAAAUGAAGAGGCAUAUAUAAUAUCUAUUACUGCCUAUAACUCUGCUGGAAAUUCUCCUGAAGCUAUUUUGAGGAUUCCAUCCACUGAUGAAAAAACUCCUCAGAUUAUUGGAACAGUGAAGACCUUUACAACAGAUGAAGAAGUGGUUGUGGUCUGGAUAGCCUCUGAACCAGAAGUAACCGAAUACGUAGUGGAGUGGUAUGAAGAAUUGGAGACAGAUCCUUUUAGUAGAUCAUGGCAAUAUGUAUCAAAUUCUACAAUCUGGAAAACUAACAAAAGAAACUUUAAACCAUUUAUGUGCUAUAACAUCUCAGUGUAUCCUCUCUAUGGAAAUAAAGUAGCAGCUCCGUAUUCCAUACAAAGUUAUGUUCAAGAAAAAAAGCCAUCAGAAGGACCUGUGGCUGAAACAGAUAUUCCAGGGAAAAAUGAAGUUACAAUUAAAUGGAAGGAGAUUGCAAAGGACAAAAGAAAUGGAUUUAUCAGGAAUUAUACAAUAUUUUAUAAACCUGAAGAUGGAAAAGAAUUGAAUAAGACAGUGAACUCUGAUGUUCUGCAAUACAGACUGAAGUCCUUACAGGCUAAUACGCAAUAUACAGUCUAUAUCAUGGCAAGCAAUGAAGCUGGUGGAACUACUGGAGAGCCCAAAACCUUCAAGACUUUGAAAUUCAAUAAAGAAGAUGUUAUUUUCAUUGCUCUACCCGUUGGAUUAAGCAUGUUGUUUCUGGUAGGCCUUUGGAUAACAUGCAUUUUGAAAAAACAUGCGUUUAAAAAAGUUUGCUGGCCUGAUAUACCCAAUCCUGCGGAAAGCAUGGCAGUGGAAUGGCCUCUUGAUGCAUCUAUGAAUAAUUCAUUUUUGAAGGGGGCAACAUCUGAGGCUAAAACCAUAGACUUUGAAGGCCUAAGUGUUUUGGAACAUUGUUUUCCCGAAGAAAGUCAGGAAGGAUCAUUACUAAUGCAUUGUGAAAACCAUGUUUCUGAAUGUACGGAUGUUAAUACAAAAGGCAUGAUUAAUGGAGAUAAAAAGAUACGGUAUAAUGAAGAAAAUGAAGUUGCUAAAUGUUUUUCACCACCCAUGUCUUAUAUAAUUACUGAUCAAGGUAUCGGAAGUCAAACGCAUUCAGCUUUGACACCAGUGAAGGAAAUCCAACCCAUAGAAAUGCUGGAAGAAGAUUUAUGUGAAUUCCAAAAGACUUCAAUUAAAAAUGAAGAAAAUGAUAAUGAAGAAGUUCUAAAGCUGGAAAAUUUCAGUGAAAAAGCACUGUUCAAUCCGUACCUUAAAAAUUCUGUUAAAACAAGGGAAUUUCUUAUUUCUGAGAACUUGCCAGAGUGCAAUAAGAAUGAAUCCAAAAGCCAGUCAACUGUUCUACCUCCCUUUCAACAAAAUGCCACGGGACAAUCCUACAUAACGCUGGACAUGUUCGGGCUAUCCACGGCUCCUUAGCGGGAGGAAACGUUCCCUUGUAAAGUCCCCUUGUGAGAUGUAUCUUGACACUGCUGCCCAUUUGUGUUCCUAUGUUCUAGACUGGCUGAUCUCAGUUAAUUUGGAUGAAAACACCCCCUUCCUCUGAACAACUGUGAAGUACAUUUUUGCACUGUGUUUAUACCUGUAGGGUUCACUUUCAGUGUGGGGUGGGUUGGGGGGUUUUUGUUUUUUUUUCAGUUGUUUUUUUCUAACCAGAUAGAUGUGCCAGUAGUGAGGCAAAGGAAGUGGCUUUUCUUAUUUCUUCUGAGUUCUCCCAGAUCAGUCUGCUAAAGCAAACUCAUCUUUACUGAUGAAGCAUCCCGCAGUGGAAGCAGCUCACUGGUUUCUGCCCAGGCUACCAGUUCCCAUGACUGAGUGCUGCUGGGCAAACGUGGACUGACGUGGACACAGCCAGCAUCUGAUGAAUCCUUCGUUACGUGACAUGGAGUGGAACAGCUUUCCUGUUCUUAUUUCCCUCGAUUGUUUUGUAUCUGGUUUUAUGCAUAGUGUUCCUCCAGUUUUACAAAUACUUGGUAGAUUUCAGUAAUUGUCUUUUUGCAUCCUGACUCUUGAAUCUCUGGUUUGGCUCAUAGUUUCCCUGUCUUUAAUGAGAGGAUGUUUGUUAUGUGUAUGCUGUUGACUUAUCUGAAUUUUGGAAAAGGGAGGGUUAUUCUGGCUUUGUUGCUUCCUUCCCUUUCUCUUGCGUUUUUGUGCUGCUUUUGUGUCUCCUGUUUGUUUGCUGUUUUUCAAAACUCUUCUUAUAUAAAGGAAGAUAUCCUUUAUCUGCAGGAUAUCUUCUUGUUCCUUUGCCUCUAAUUUCUCCCAGGUUAAAACUGUGUUUCCCAGUUGAGGCUUUGAUAUUUUGAACUGAAAAAAAAUAUUCAACUAAAUACAGCAUCUUAUGUUGGAAUAAGCCCUGAGUUUAUAUUUAGGAAAUAUUUUUCUGGGAGGUAUUGAAAAAACACUAAGUCUACAAAACAUCCCCAGAUAUCCCCUGGUAACUGAUUUAGGAUUAAAGAUUUCUACAUGAAGGCUAUAACUUUUGUAAUUUGUUUUAUGAUUUUGAUAAGUCAUAAAGCUACUUGUAGUUUCCAUUUUAUAUAGCAGCAAUUAAGCAGGAAACUCGCCAUCACGCUAAUUUUUUUUUCAGCAGGAACGAGGCUAUUACUGUAAAAUUCUUACUGAAAUAUUUACUAUGUUAAAUGCCAGGUUAAAAAAAAGAGAUGGAGAGUCAACUCUAAGUAAAAUGUGUUAAAAGGCGGUGUUGAGUAUGACAUACAUAUGGCAUAUAGUUGUUUUAAGACUUAAAACUAUUUUCCCAGUAUUUAAAGGCUUGACAGCAUCAGCCUUGUCUGUGUAUAUCUACAGAGUCCUUUAGGGGUGAGAAAGAUACAGGAGUCAUGGGGAUAGAAAAGUGAGAGACAAAUGUGACUAGGCAUAGAAAGCCUUUCAUUUCUGCGCAGGAAGAGGAGUGGGAGAAUGGAAAAUAUAUUGUCCAGCAUGAAUGAAGAGGCUGAGCCUUACCCUGGCUUAUGCGGGGGAAGACAGGGUAAAGUUUGCAUUAAGUUUUUCACCUAUAGUUUGGAAGCUGCUCUUACUUAUAGCAAUGGUUGUUUAGUUUCCAAGAAAGGAUAAAAAAUUUUCUGCAAAUGUUCCUUCUACAGCAACACUGAUUUCCACUUUCCCAACCACAGUCCUAUAAGCCAAAAUGUAUAUAUGUCUGUUCUUAAAAGCCCUUGCUUACUUAGGUAAGUCAUGCUCUGAAAUGAGCAUGGGACACAGCUUUGGUUGAGUCAAUGCUCCUGCUGCUUCACUCCCUUCUGGUCUUACUGCUCACAGCCACCUUGCCCUUUCCUAGCGUGCAGAAGUCACUGAAUCAUUCACAGCAGGUUUUUUUUCCCCCUUAAAUCUCAGUAUUUGUUUUAGUAUCACAAGAUUUAAGAAUAAUACAGAGCUAUUUUGGGGCCUGUCUUGGAAUUGUUUAGCAUCCUUAUGGAAGCUUCAUACUCUGAGUUGCAUGAUCGAGUUGGGUAAAAAAUAGAAAUAAUGCCACCUUUAAGGGAUCAUUAGAAAGGGGAGCUUCUUGAUGGGUGGUUUGGGUAGAGUCUCCCUGUAACAUCUCUUAGCUUCUGGAGGGUAAGUAAUAACCUGCUUUUCCAUCCCAUUUUAUUUCCUUCUCUGUUGCUAUUAUGCUCUUUUCUUCUGUUUUCUGAUUUUCGUGACCACUGUUUUAUCUGAAAAAGAGUAAUGCAAUAAGUGGGCUCAGUCCAUCUCAGAAAUUAGGGCUGCCUUUUGCCCAUGCUUUGGAACACCAGCUUCUUGGACUUGGUUUGUUUUGCAUUCAGAGUUGUACUUUUUCUGACCUUUCACAAUUUGUCUUUCAAACUAAUGCUGUGAACAUGAAAAAAAUAAAACUGA